AUGCCCCCAGCCUCACUACCAACCACAAGAACCCUCUUAGGCCGAACAGUCCGUCUCGAGAAACUCAAACCCGACCACGCCCCGCCCCUCUUCCCCUUCAUCGGCGGGUAUGAACCCCCAAUCGCAUCACUAUGGGACUACAUGCCCGACGGGCCCUAUCUAGACCUCCCAGCCUUGCAAAACGCCAUAACCACCAAGUCAAACUCAAGCGAUCCCUAUUUCUACGCUAUCCUCGACGCCCGCAAGGCCGAGGAUAGCCCCACCUCCGGAAAACCACUGGGCUAUAUCACCCUCAUGUCGAUUAACGCGUCCAACCUCUCCAUCGAAAUCGGAAAUGUUAUGUUUAGUCCCUCCCUGCAGCGCACGACGGGCGCAACGGAGGCGAUAUACCUCCUGCUCGAGCAUGCGUUCGAACUAGGGUAUCGGCGCGUGGAGUGGAAGUGUAAUGCGCUUAAUGGGCCGUCGAAGCGGGCGGCGCUCCGGCUGGGUUUCACGUACGAGGGGACGUUUCGGCAGCAUAUGGUUGUUAAGGGGAGGAGUCGGGAUACGGCGUGGUUUUCGAUGCUGAGGGAGGAGUGGGAUGCGGGGAGUGGGAGGGCGUUGGGGGAGUGGGUGGCGGAGGGGAACUUUGGUGGGGAUGGGCGGCAGAAGAGGAGUUUGGGGGAGAUCAGGGAUGGGGUUGUUUCUGGGUCUGUUUAG